AUGACUGCGCGGAGCUACUUUCGCGAGGAUGUGCUCGCUGGGCGAGUGGCUUUGAUCACCGGGGGUGGCAGCGGCAUUGGCUACGAGGUGGCCCGCCAGUUCGGUCUCCACGGUUGCGCGGGCGUCGUCUUGGUGGGGCGGAGGCCGGAGUUCCUGCAGCAGGCCGCCGCGCUGCUGGCCAAGGAAGGAAUCAAAGCGGCAGUGGCCGCAGGAGAUGUCCGAAAACCGGAAGACUGCGAAUCGGCGGUGAAAGUGGCAGUGGAGGCCUUCGGCGCGCUUGACAUCCUGGUGAAUGCCGCGGCGGGGAACUUCCUGGCGGCGGCCGAGGAGAUCUCCAGCAAGGGCUUCAAGACAGUCAUGGAAAUCGAUACGCUCGGGACCUUCAACAUGUGCCGCAGUGCCUUCGAGCCGCUGAAAUCCUCGCGCUUCGGCGGGGUGGUCGUUAGCAUCACGGCGACUUUGCACUACACGGCCACGUGGUAUCAGGCUGCCCCCGUGGCAGCGAAAGCUGCCAUCGACGCCCUCACCCGCACGCUGGCGCUGGAGUGGGGUGAGUUCGGCGUGCGCCUGAACUGCGUGGCUCCCGGGCCCAUUGCCGACACCCCCGGCAUGGAGAAGCUGAGUGGUGGGAAGAUGGACCAGGUGGACUGGGCCUACAUCCCGGCAAGGCGAGCCGGCACCAAGCUAGAGAUUGCCUCCGCUUGCAUCUUCCUCUGCCUAAACGGCUACAUCACGGGCCAGAUCCUCCCGGUGGACGGCGGGGAAUGGUUCGGCAAGAAGGCGCUGAUCCCGCGUGAGCUGGUGUCCAAGAUCUCCCGAGGGGUGGAGAAGCAGUCGAGGGCCAUGGGCCCGGGCACUGCAAAGCUUUGA